GCACAAGCCCAAUCCCGUCUUCAGCACCAGGAACAGGGAGCCAUGCUGCAGAGCGCUUCCGGAGGCGGAUAAUCCUCAUCUCUGCUGUCAGGGAAGGAUCUCCAACAUCUACAGGGAGGAUUUCUUGUUCCACCUUUAACAGAAGGUCACGCGAGAAGAGAAAUGGAUAUUUGAGUCUCACCUUGUGCGUUUUUCUGUCUCUUCUGUAAACAUUUGACAGUCAUACAGCGACACACUGGAUAAUGUGACAGCUGUUGGCACGUUUCAUCGACCACAAGGAGAAAAACGACAGAAUCAUCUAAUCGAUUUCUCAUCUCAGCACCACGAUGGUGACCAUUAAUCUGGUUUUAACUUUACUAGCGGCGGCUCUUUGGAGGAUCAGCGGAGAACCGCUAAUGACUCCUUCAUCUGCGCCAAACGCGCAGUUAAAUUCAACAUCCAUCAUCACCAGGAGCCACGAUCAUGAACUGGCGAAAAAUGGCACAAACACAGCCCGGAUUUCUCCUCUGAUGGCGCAUCUCCCCGCUCUGAAAAACAUCGUUAUUUUUAUCUUCGUGUUAACAGCAGCCCUCAUCACAUGUCUGGUGGUCAGAGUGAUCAGAUCCGGUCGACGAAUCAGGAAAACGCGAAAAUACGACAUUAUAACGACCCCUGCGGAGCGUGUUGAGAUGGCCCCUCUUAAUGAGGAGAAUGAUGAUGAAGAUGAUUCAACCCUCUUUGAUGUCAAAUACAGGUGAACCCCAAUGUGGACGUCAGUAAUUUGCACCUCCUGUCCUGCUACAACUCAAGUGAUUUUUAUUUCUGUCAUCAGUGACUUUUGCAUGACUUUAUUCUGUUCAGAUAUUUGAUUGAUGUUUUAUGGAGGCUCCUAUCAUCCAAACAAUCUAAUAUUUUAGUUUUUAAACAGAAAAGGAGCUUUUGAGUUCAUGUGUGAAAGUUUUAAGUCCAACUUUGUGAUUGGCAGUCAACUGAUCAAUUAAUUUUAUAGAAGUUUAAUAUUUGUCCUAUUAUUUGAAAAUGCUUUUUACCAAAGCUUACCAAUUACACUCUAUCCAUCCAUCCAUCCAUCCAUUUUCAUCCACUUAUCCGGAGUCGGUCGCGGGGGCAGUAGCCUAAGGCGAGAGGCCCAGACUUCCCUCUCCCCAGCCACUUGGACCAGCUCUUCUGGGGGAAUCCCAAGGUGUUCCCUGGCCAGGUGAGAGACAUAGUCCCUCCACCGUGUCCCGGGUCUACCUUUAGGUCUCCUCCCGGUUGGACAUGCCCAGAAAACCUCACCAGGAAUGCGUCCAGGAGGCAUCCUGACCAGAUGCCCGAGCCACCUCAACUGGCUCCUCUCGAUGUGGAGGAGCAGCGGGUCUACUCCAAGCCCCUCCCGAAUAACCGAGCUUCUCACCCUAUCUCUAAGGAAGAGCCCAGCCACUCUUCGGAGAACACUGAUUUCGACCGCUUGUAUCCGCGAUCUCGUUCUUUCGGUCACUACCCAAAGCUCAUGACCAUAGGUGAGGGUAGGAACGUAGAUCGACCGGUAAAUCGAGAGCUUCGCCUUCUGACUCAGCUCUCUCUUCACCACGACAGACCGGUACAACGCCCACAUCACUGCAGAUGCAGCACCAAUCUGCCUGUCGAUCUCACUCUCCAGCUGUCCCUCACUCAUGAACAAGACCCCGAGACACUUAAACUCCUCCACUUGGGGCAGGACCUCAUCCCUGACCCGGAGAAGGCAUUCUACCCUUUUCUGAAUCAAGACCAUGGUCUCAGAUAACUCUAGUUAUUUUUAAUUACAAUGAUGAAAUUAGAGUUUUAGAGGCUCACAUACAACAAAUAUUGUUGUGAAUAUAUAUUUUUUCAACUAACUUGCAGGCCUCUUAGUGAGAUUAUAAACAAAGAUUUUUUUUUAGCAAAACCAAAUUUUAUAUUUGCGUACUAACCACUUUAUUGUGCAUAUAUACUGUUAAAGACCACAUCCUUCAGGUGUAAAUUAAGCAUAUCUGUAUUUUUUUUAACCAAAAGUCUUAAAAUCUGUUUUAUUUUGCUGCUAUCACAGAUAUUAAAUUGUCAAAUCUGACCAAAAUCUCUAGAAUGAAUGUGAAGGUUGUAAUCUGGUUUCAUUAAGUGUUCUGAAUUCUGACAGCAGCAGGGUUUUUGGGGCCAUUUUGAAUUGUGCUUAUGUGUAAAUGUUUAAAUAAUUACUGAAAAAAAAAGUUUUCCUCAGCAGCCUGAGUUUGGUGAAAUAGUGAAUCUUUUCUAGAGGUCGAUAAGCUAACAGCAAGGUUGAAUGCAGCCAAAUCUCCAAAUAUUUGCAGUGGUUUACGAAAAAACUCUUUUAUAGUUCAUUAGGCUUCCAUUAUUUUCUCAUCGCAAGGUAAUUUUUUUAGCAGGAUUAAAAUUCCUCCCCAUUCACCUCUGGGUGCACCAGAAGUGCAAGAAGCAGGAAGCCAUCUAUACUGUAGUGGGUGAGGUGGUCAUCAAAACCAUAGACAUCAUAUGGUGCAUUUGAUUUACCUCGGAAGAUGGAUCUAGGAAUGGCAUCGCAUCCGAGUUAACCUCGCUCUGGUUAUUGUAGUCGGAGAAAUCAGGAUUCCAAUAUUGUGACGCACACCUGCCAAGUCAUGUCAUGUUCAACAAACCAAUCUGAAAUGAUUGGAGCUUUCUGACAUGGUGCAUUAUCCUGGUGGAAGUGGCCACCAGAGGAUGGGUACAUGGUGGUCAUGACGGGAUAGACAUGGUCAGAAACAAUGCUCAGUUAGCCCGAGGCAUUUAAACGAUUCCCAAUUUGAACUAAGGGACCUAAAGUGUGCUAAGAAAACAUCCCCCACACCAUUACACCACCACCACCAGCCUGCAGAGUGGUAACAAGGCAUGAUGGAUCCAUGUUCUCAUUCUGUUUACGCCAAAUUCUGACUCUACCAUUUGAAUGUCUCAACAGAAAUUGAGACUCAUCAGACCAGGUAACAUUGUCCAGUCUUCAACUGUCCAAUUUUGGUGAGCUCAUGCAAACUGUAGCCUCUUUUUCCUAUUUGUAGUGGAGAUGAGUGGUACCUGGUGGGGUCUUCUGCUGUUGUAGCCCAUCCGCCUCAAGCAUUACGGUGUGGCUUCACAAAUGCUUUGCCGCAUUCCUCGGUUGUAACGAGUGGUUAUUCCAGUCAAAGUUGUUCUUCUAUCAGCUUGAAUCAGCCGGCCCCUUCUCUGACCUCUAGCAUCAACAAGGCAUUUUCGCCUACAGGACUGCCGCAUACUGGAUGUUUUUCCCUUUUCACACCAUAAUUUGUAAACCCUAGAAAUGGUUGUGGGUGAAAAUCCCAGUAACUGAGCAGAUUGUAAAAUACUCAGACCAGCCCGUCUGGCACCAACAACCAUGCCACGCUCAAAAUUGCUUAAGUCACCUUUCUUUCCCAUUCUGACCUUCAGUUUGGAGUUCAGGAGAUUGUCUUGACCAGGACCACACCCCUAAAUGCAUGGAAGCAACUGCCAUGUGAUUGGUUGAUUAGAUACUUGCAUUAAAGAGAAGUUGAACAGAUGUUCCUAUUAAUCCUUUAGGUGAGUGUAUGUGAGUUUUGUAAAAUAAUCACAUUUAAAUCAAAAGUUACUGUUGAUAUGGAGAGCUGCCAUUUAGGAUGUGAGGUUGGCGUUCCGAAACUCUUCCGAGUUUUUGACUGGGAGGUCCGACUUUGAGGGGCAUUUCAUUUGAAUUUUCUUACUCAUACGUCGGUAUUUCCCAGUUCCAAGGACAAAUCGAACGCACCAAUAGACAGGACAUGGACUGGCGCUGUAGUGGGCCGCCAUCUUGGAUGGGUCUCCAUUCGCCCCAAGUGCAUUUAUUUCUACUCAGGAUGUUUACCCAACUAAAAAACAUUUUAUUAUGCUUUUUCACAAAAUCAGGCAUAUGGUUUGGCAUGAUAAUUAAAUAUACAUUUAAUUAAAAUAAUUAAAAUAUAAAAUCCCAAAAGGUAUGCUAAAAAAAGCCAAUAGUAAAUCAUCUCACAUGAUCUGUGUUCAAUAGUAUGCCGGCUGUUGCAACCGUAUAGGCUGCAUGAAAAACGGACAUAUUGCGCACUCUGUGUGAUGGCUCCAGUUGGGUUUGGAGUGAGGAAUCCAUCCAAUAUGGUGGUGGUGCUGUUACGCUCUCCAGCGCUCAGUGGCGCGUCGACAUAUUUGUGUCUAUGAUCAAAUCUUUUCCGCAGAAACAACCCUCAAAAUGAUGAAAAACAUCCCUUAAAGUGUAUUGAAUGGUGAGGGUAGCAGGUUUAAUGAUUAACAACUUGCUCUCAGUAUUUUAGCCUGGAGUCAGAACUAAACUCCUGUGAAUUCUGGUUUCUCUGGUCUGAGUCCGUAAAUAAACAGCUAAUAGGCUUUCUACUUAUUGACGUAAAAUGUGAUUUUUUUCCCCCUGGGCUCCUUCAAAUUAAAUCUUUUUAGGAUCUCAAACUAACAAGUUCUCAGAAGCUGCCUGCUUAGUUUCUCAUCAGCAUGUACACCCCCCAAAACAAUAAUAAAUCUUAAAUUUAGUAAGUUGUUUACAAAAUAUUAGAAUCACUGUUUACCCCAAAAUACGUAACCUUGUUUCUGAGGGGCAGGUUUGGUUUCCGUAGCUGAUAGUAGAUGACCUUCAGCUGUGAUCUAAGUAUCUACGGUUGCAGCUGCUGAGCUUUAUCCUUCAAAUCAAAUGCUGUCGACAUUUUCAAACUGAAUGUGUUUGUUUAUAAAAACAUAUAUAAACCAAUAAAUGUGAAUCAAUUCUGAUUAUUGAUGUUUUUUUCAAUCAAACUCUUGUGUUUUUCUUUAUGAUUUUAAUAUGUAACAGUCUGCAGAUGCAUUUGUUUCUCUUAGGCAUGUUGUAAAUUCUUCUUUCCGUGUGUGUGUGUGUGUGUGUGUGUGUGUGUGUAAUCAUGGAAAAAACCUGCUCACGUAAAGUUGCUAAUUGUAGACUUUUAUUAGCUCCGAGUCAAAACGUUUCCCCUGUAAAAUAAACCAGUCGUAGCUGUGAAGACAAAAAAAAAAAAAAGAAGUUACAUGUUUUUCUGGAAAACAACUUUGACCCAGAUGUGUGUUCCAUGUCUUUAAAGCAAAAUAAAAUAACUUCCUUUGAAGUGUUGAGUCUUUAAAGGGAGCGGUGUGGAACAUG